CAGGGGCGGGCGGGGGGCGGUGUCCUGGCCAUGGCCGGCCUGUCGGACUUGGAGCUGCGGCGGGAGCUGCAGGCCCUGGGCUUCCAGCCGGGACCCAUCACCGAUACCACCCGGGACGUCUACCGCAACAAGCUGCGCCGCCUGCGGGGCGAGGCCCGGCUGCGGGAGGAGACCCGGUCUCGAGGCGAGGAGCGGCUGCGGGAGGAGGCCCGGCUGCGCGAGGAGGCGGCCCCGCGCGCCCGACCCGCCGUGGCCUCUCUGCGGGCGGAGCCCUGGUUCUCCACUCCAGCUUCAGGCUCGGCGUACGCGACCUUUGGGGCCUACGGCGAUCUCGGCGCCUCCGCGGCUUCCUGGUCUGGGAGCCGCGGCCUCGCCUAUCCCGCCCGCCCUGCCCCGCUCAGACGCCGCGCUUCAGCCCGGGCCAGCUCUGAGGAGGACGAGGACCUCCGGACGCCCAAUAGGGCCGCGCCGGGCCCGGGCCUCGGAGUCCGCCGCUGGUGGGCUGCGGCCCCGGCCCCGGCGCGGCUGCCCUCGGCCCUCCUGGGCCCCGACCCGCGCCCGGGCCUGCGGCCGACGCGAGCGGGCCCUGUGGGUGCGGCGCGAGCCCGGCCCGAGGUGGGGCGGCGGCUGGAGCGCUGCCUGUCCCGGCUUCUGUUCUGGGCCAGUCUGGGGCUGCUGCUGGUCUUCCUGGGCAUCCUUUGGGUGAAGAUGGGCAAGCCCUCGGCGCCGCAGGAGGCGGAGGACAACAUGAAAUUAUUGCCAGUGGACUGUGAAGGAAAAGCAGAUGAGUUCUGUCAGGCCAAGCAGAAGGCAGCCUUGCUGGAGCUGCUGCAUGAACUGUACAACUUCCUGGCCAUCCAGGCUGGUAAUUUCGAGUGUGGAAAUCCAGAGAAGCUAAAAAGCAAAUGCAUUCCUGUUACAGAAGCCCAGGAAUAUAUAUCAAAUGUGACCGGCAGCCCCUUGGAUAAGUUUGAAGCCGCACUGACCUGGAUACUGAGCAGUAACAAGGACGUGGGCAUCUGGUUGAAAGGGGAAGACCCAACAGAACUGGUAACAACCGUGGACAAAGUGGUCUGCCUGGAAUCUGCCCGACCCCGCAUGGGUGUUGGCUGCCGCCUGAGCCGCGCCCUGCUCACUGCCAUCACCAACGUGCUCAUCUUCUUCUGGUGCUUGGCUUUUUUGUGGGGACUCCUGAUUCUCCUGAAAUAUCGGUGGCGGAAGUUAGAAGAGGAGGAGCAAGCCAUGUAUGAGAUGGUGAAGAAGAUUAUAGACGUGGUCCAGGACCAUUACGUGGACUGGGAGCAGGACAUGGAGCGCUACCCGUACGUGGGCAUCCUGCAUGUGCGCGACACCCUCAUCCCUCCGCAGAGCCGGAGGCGCAUGAAGCGGGUCUGGGACCGAGCCGUGGAGUUCCUGGCCUCCAACGAAUCCCGGAUCCAGACCGAGUCCCACCGCGUGGCUGGAGAAGAUAUGCUGGUGUGGAGGUGGACUAAGCCCUCUUCCUUCUCUGACUCAGAGCGAUAGGCCCUGGGCAGGGUUCUGUUCCCAGCCAGCCUGUCCUGGGACAACCCACUCCAGUGGUGCAAGGGGUCACCAGACCUGCCGGUGCUGAAUUCACACUUGCCUUGACUUUUCCCCCUCAUUGUGACACUGAUUCCAAAGGUCUCUCUCUGUAAGACUUUCUUUCAGAGGGGAUUAGCUGUAGGAAAAGGUGGGCUUCCUUUAAGGGGAGAGAGGAGAAGCCAGAGGCCAGGCGAGGAGCUUUUCCCUGCAUUGGUCCAUUCUCUCUGCCCUAUUUUGCUGGCAGAAAAGGGGAGAAUGGUUUGUUUUUCAUGAACAGAAAACAUAAAGUAGCAGCCACUGUAAAACCGUGCAGAGCAAGUGUAAGGCUGGGUGAGCUGGAGCUCGCCCGCUGCUAGCCUGUCCGCUCUGCCUGGGAGGUGGGCCUCGUGCCUGUGGGAGGUGGGACAUGGGAUGGCAGGUUGGGGCAGCAGGGGGAUCAGGGGAGCAGCUUGGUUUAUGUGCCUUCAGGGGGUCUUACCUGGGAGCUCUAGGGUGAGGGGAGAAAGCCUGUCCUCUGAAGGGGGAGGAAUGCUAGAAAUUAGAAAAAGUGAUUCUAGAACUAUCUAGAAACACAGGCCCCUGACAUGCAGGGCCCUUAGGUCAGGAGGAGUGAGUGGCCAGCGUGGCCUCCUGGGAAGAGCCUGGAGUCGGGCCAAGCAGCCAAGAGUGGAGAGGAGUCAGGGCUGUCACGCAGCCACCACAGCCCCACGCCCUGAGGCAGCCACCCAAGGGUGGUCUCUCCAGUGGUGCUUCUCACGGACAUUGCAAUUUGAGACCAAACCUGCUGCCCCUGGCUUUGCAUCGGGCCAAGAGUGCAGGUUCCUGGGCCCUGGGAAUCACGUCGGGGCUGAGAACCUGGCACCUCCUGCCCUGGGCGAACACGGUGGCAGCACUGCCCCCUGCUGGCCACACGAGAGCGGUGCUCGCCCGCACCGCAGACCUUCACUCAGGUCUUCCACCAGCUCAUCAGACUGCAUCCGCGCGGGAGGCAGGCUCCAGAAGCAGAGCGGUGGGGGGCCUUAUUAGUUAAGUACGAGACAGCCUCUCCAGCGGAGCCUCAUCCCCAUAUGUUCUCAUCUGCGGCAGGAGAUGGGGGGCAAACACAGGAGACACAACAGCUGCCUCCAGAAGACAUUAACCACCCCUUUCUGGUCUUAUUGGUAUUUUUUUGUUUCCUUAAUAAAGCUCCAGUCUCCCUCAUUUGA